AGGAGGAGGAGGAAGAGGAGCGCAGCGUGUCUCCGAGUCUCCGGCUGGCAGGAUGCGGCUCCGGCUCCGGACCGUCUCGGUUCUGCUGAUGUCCCUCCUCGGCUCAGGCCUGGCCCUCCAGAUCCAGUGCUACCAGUGUGAGAUGACGGACGACUGCGCCGCGCCGGAGUUCAUCGUCAACUGCACCGUGAACGUCCAGGACAUGUGCCAGAAGGAGGUGCUGGUGAACGACGACGGGAUCCUGUACAGGAAGUCGUGUGCCUCCUCCUCCGCCUGCCUCAUUUCCUCCUCCGGCUACCAGCAGUUCUGCACCGGGAAGCUCCACUCCGUCUGCAUCAGCUGCUGCAGCACGCCGCUCUGCAACGGGCCACGCCAGAAGAGGCGGCCCCUGCCGUCGUCCGGCGCGGCCCCCACCGGGCCCCCGCUCCUCAUGUUGGUCCUCCUCCUGCUGGACUCCAUCCUCUGCUGACAGAGACUGGCUGGGCCUGGAGGAUCUCAUCCUGAUUUCACUGAUUGUCUGAAAAGCAGAGCAGGAAGCAACGUGAACAUCAGGACAGAGUUAGCAUGCUAACAGCUAGCUAGGAAACGGCGUAGAAAGAAACAGAAUAGAUCCGUUAUCACCUCAGUGAUUUUACACCAACUGAAGGAGCAUUUCAUAUUUUAUUAAAUGUUUGUUUCUCUGAA